UGAUGAAGGGCUAACGCUCGAAACGUCGGUUUUGAAACUCUUUACGGUGGCCAAUUUACAUUAUCAACUCAGUCCAUAAAACCAAAAUUACCUCGUUACUCUCACCGACGCAGCACUACAGUUUCUUUAGAAACUUACCCCCGCCCCCCUUAAAUUCUAAUACUUGAGGUAAACGUGACUCGAACGAUGUUGCAACGUGACGGUCUUCUCUUCAGGUGUCAGUGAUAGCAAAUUCAGGAUGGAAUGAAAGUUUCGAGAACGAAUAGUUCUGCUGUUAUUUGAUUAAAACAAAAACUACCAAGCGGUCAGUUUGUUGACGUUGCGAUUCAAAAACGUGUUAGCUUCACUCGUGAAUAUAAGGAAGCUGACACCUUCGAUGUUAAAUCCUGGUUCAUCUGUCACUUUUAUCUGCUUGUUUAUUUUGACAAAGGAAAUAGUACGUGUGCGUGCGUGAUGUUUCAAACUACACAACUUCCUGUUUUGCUGUUACUAAUUAAAAAUGUUCCAGAGAAAGCUUUUAUUCGAGAAGGAAGUGGGAAUAUCUCGAUGAACGCGAUGUGCAGCAACAAAAUAUUCGGAUGUAUAGAAGGACCGAAAAAAGGAUGACACAAAGCGAUGAAAAUAAUUUAAGCAAAGGAUUCGAUGAGAGGGCGAACGUUGAAGAAGACUUUGAUGAUUUUAGGUAUUUGUUUCGAACGUUAGCCCUUUUUGAGAGCGAAUGAUUCGCUCUCACAAAGGGCUAACGCUCGAAACGUCGGCUUUGAAACUCUUUACGGUGGCCAAUUUACAUUAUCAACUCAGUCUAUAAAACCAAAAUUACCUCGUUACUCUCACCGACGCAGCACUACAGUUUCUUUAGAAACUUACCCCGCCCCCUUAAAUUCUAAUACUCGAGGUAAACGUGACUCAAACGAUUGUGCGACGUGACGUUCUUCCCUUCAGGUGUCAGUGAUAAUAAAUUCAGGAUGGAAUGAAAGUUUCGAGAACGAAUAGUUCUGCUAUUAUUUUGAAAAAAAAAAGAAAACUACCAAGCGGUGAGUUUGUUUACGUUACGCGAUUCAGAAACGUGUUGGCUUCACUCGUGAAUAUAAGGAAGUUGACACCUUCGAUGUUAAAUUCUGGUUUAUCUGACACUUUUAUCUGCUUGUUUGUUUUGACAAAGGAAAUAGUACGUGUGCGUACGUGAUGUUUCAAACUACACAACAACCUGUUUUGCUAUUACUAGUUAAAAAUGUUCUAGAGAAAGCUUUUAUUCGAGAAGGCAGUGGGAAUAUCUCGAUGAACGCGAUGUGCAGCAACAAAAUAUUCGGAGUUAGAGAAGAACCGAAAAAAGGAUGACACAAAGCGAAGAAAAUAAUUUAAGCAAAGGAUUCGAUGAGAGGGCGAACGUUGAGGAAGACUUCGAUGAUUUUAGGUAUUUGUACGGUAAAAUUCUGGUAGUCAGAGGAUUCAGAGCUCGAUAGGGAACUGAUCGAAUAGUAAUUUUAAUUUCGCUCGGAAACAAUUCUCGUCUUUUCGGUCAAGGUUUACGUAAUGAUGAAGUAUGAUGGUUAUAACAACACCAAGACAGCACCACAGUUUCUUUAGAUACUUAUCCCAUCUAAGGUUUUGCCUCUCAUUUUGGGUCGUACAGCGAACUCGAGGUACUUCUGCGACUAAAACUUUGAGGUAAAGCAUCAAAUAGUACAUUGAUUGAUAAAUUGCUGUCAACCGCUGAUCAGACCCAAAGGGUGGCUGGCUCAUGGCUAUGCCAUAAAUAAGAUUUACACGUGUCGUAAAAACUAUGUAGCAAGCUGUGUGCAUUAUAUGCUAUUUGUCUUUCCAUUUCUUUCUGUGGCAAGUUCAUGGUAUUCCUUGGAUUUAUUCUUUUCUUUGUAAUCCUUUGUCAUCUGUAAUACAGUGGUAUUGUUUAAUGCCAGAAAAAGAAAUUUAAAAAAUAGCAAAAAACACGAUGAGAGAGCCGUUGGCUAGAUCAUGUCUUGCCAUGUUUGAUGCACCCUGCACAAUCAGACCUGCUGAAAAUCUUCAGGUCGAGGGGAAGAGCGUUCAGGAAAUGUUUCAAAUAUUUUGGGACUGGUAGACAACUCUCUUCCAGUAAACUUCAAACACCCAUAUCAAAAUUCACUUCUCGAUGUGUGUUUUUUCUAGACCCUGCUAUCCACGCCGGUUUCUUCCAUGUCAUCUGUGGUCCUCACUCUGCAAAUGGUACUUGCGUUUUUUGGAACGCUUCUUUGGCUGGUAUGGUACAGGGAUCGCCAAACAUCCGCUGAUAACAAUCCAGUUGUGUCUCAUACUUGUCAGCGUCUGUUCUGUGGGCUUUGUUUGGUUCAAUUCAGAAAACAGAACCGUAAAACUGUUCAUCCCUCAAAACAGCAAGGCAAUAGACGACUUGGAGACUGCCGAGAGAUACUUCCGAGUCGACUUUCGAGAGGAAAUCAUCCUACUGGUGGCCUCUCCCAGUAAUCCUAAUCCUCUUUCCCCGAUGUGUUUGAAACAGGCCUUCAGAGCUCACGAUGCAGUCAUGGAGCUGAAAUCGUUUUCAGACCUCUGUGUCACGUUGUCGGGAAACAAAUCCAGGUCAACAAACGGAUGUGCGAUGAUUAAUCCACUAGAAUUUUUGCAGUUCAAUGAAAGCAACUUGAACGGAAAGGACUUACAUGAUGUCCAACGGGAACUGAGCAAAUCCUACAACGACACAAGUUUACUCAUGCGUAAUGGACGCCCAUUCUGGUUGAAUUUCAACCGAAUGUUUGGCAAGGCCACUCGAAAACAUGGAAGCAUAACCGACGCCAAAGCUUUGCAAAUGAUUUAUCUCCUUCGUGAUCCGAGGGACGAUGAUGAGAGUGACAAGAUUCUCAAAUGGGAGAAGGCUUUCAUUGACAAACUAGGCUCGCUAGUGGACAAACUUUCGUGCUUCGAUGUCCAUUAUUCAAGUGAAAGGAGCCUGGAUGAUGCUAUAAGUGCAAGUACCGGGUCUGAUGUUAAACUGGUGUCAAUCACAUUCACCUGCAUGAUCUCUUUUGCUUGCUUCAUGCUGGGCAAGUACCUUAAUCCGUUGACUGGUCAUGCUUUACUUGCUAAUGGAGGGGUCUUCGCAGUUGCCCUUGGGAUUUUGUCUGGGCUCGGCCUUGGUAUGUGGCUCCGUGUACCUUUUGUUAGUUUGGUGGGGGUGCUACCUUUCUUGGUUCUUGGAAUCGGCAUCGAUGACAUGUUCAUCAUGGUCGACGAACUUGAUCGGCAGCCACGUGACCUGUCGACAACCGGAAAGAUCAAAGCGGUUAUGAAGCAUUCUGGUGCAACAGUUACUAUGACAACUAUGACUGAUUUGGUUGCGUUUGCGGUCAGCACGUCUACCUCAUUUCCCGCCAUUAGGUAAGAUACUUCAAUUGAUAGCCAGUGCUUCUCCAUCUUGGGAAGAUGAAGACAAUAACAUCAUGUUUUAAGCAAUGGCGUAAUUGUUUAAAGGAUCCGGAUUUAUCAAGUGACCUCUAUUGAUUUCUUUUAAAAACUCAACUGCAAACUAUUGAAGUGAGAUGUCGAGCUGUGACAGGAGCCAAUGAAUUGAUUUUCUGAUAAAAAUGGUCACAGUUUCUUGGGAUAUCUUUUUUUCCCUUGUAUGACUGAGCUGUAAGCAGAAAUGGUGGCGUGAAAUGUCACUUAAUUGGCUUCCAAGUUCUAAAAUUUCGUCAAAUGUUGUAGAGUAUUUCAGUGAAAUCGUCUAUAUUAAAACUUAGUUACUUUCUUUUCUCAGGUAUUUCUGUGUUUAUGCUGCCUUGACAGUGACGUUUCUCCUUCCUGAUGGUUGUCACAUUCUUUGUGGCCCUUAUGACAUACGACGUUAG